AGCUCCGAGUCCCUUUUUUCUAUAAAAAAAAAUUCUAGUUUCAAAAAUAUAUAGAAUUUAGUUAACGAAAUCGAACCAAGAAUAAUUUAACGAAAAAACUGCACGCCAAAUAACCACCCGAACAUCGGACAUAUCCAACGUUUUCUAUCUUUCAACAUUGCAAAUAUUUAAAAUCAUAUCAUUAUUCGCAAGAUUGCGUGUUCGAAACCUCUUCCUAGUUCUACAUGAAUCAUAUCAUCAAGCUAUCUCCAAUGAUUCAUCCUAUUUUUUAAAAUCACUAGAAGCAAAUUACAGUUGAAAGUUUAUGCUCAUCUUCAAUGGCGCUGCUGAGGUUGCUGCGACAAAAAAUUCCUCUUCGCUCACUUACCAUUAAUUCCUCUAACAGAUCUUUAAAUACAUUGGUAUUGGCUGAACAUGAGGGGGGCUCAGUCAAAGCAUCAUCAUUUAAUGCAGUCGCAGCUGCACAAGCAUUUGGCAAUGAGACCUCUGUUUCACUUUUAAUGGCUGGCUCUGGACCAUCCCUACAUGCUGCAGCUAAUCAGGCAGCUUCAAGUCAUCCAUUAAUCUCACAGGUGAGGAUAAAUUCAGAUAAAUUUGAACAUCCAUUAGCUGAACCCUGGGCAGAGUUGAUCCGACUAGUCCAGAAGAAGGGAUCUUAUUCACACAUAAUCACAGCGUCUACUUCGUUCGGAAAAAAUGUAAUCCCACGAGCUGCAGCUUUAUUGGAUGUUUCUCCUGUUACAGAUAUUAUCCAGAUUACUGGGAAUCAGACAUUUGUCAGGCCAAUUUAUGCUGGAAAUGCUCUUUCUACCAUCCGUUAUGUUGGAUCAGGUCCCUGCAUGAUGACAAUUAGGCCAACUUCAUUUCCAUUUUUAUCAGCCGAAUCAAAUUUUGAUAUAGCUCCAGUUUCAAAUAUUGAUGUCUCAACCCUAGAUUCAGAGCCCAUUGGGAGGUCCACUUGGUUGAAGCAAACAUCACAGGAUACUGAACGACCGGACUUGAGCAAUGCACGGAUUGUCGUCACUGGAGGUCGAGGACUAAAAAAUGCAGAAAAUUUUAAAAUGAUAGAAAAGCUUGCAGAUAAACUUGGCGCAGCAGUUGGUGCUACUAGAGCUGCUGUGGAUGCUGGAUAUGUUCCGAAUGAACUGCAGGUUGGUCAGACGGGGAAAAUUGUUGCACCAGAUCUGUAUAUUGCAUUUGGUGUGUCAGGAGCAAUCCAACAUCUUGCAGGCAUGAAAGACUCCAAAGUCAUUGUUGCUGUAAAUAAAGAUGCUGAUGCUCCUAUAUUUCAGGUUGCAGAUUAUGGGCUGGUUGCAGAUCUAUUUCAGGCAAUUCCAGAGCUCUUAGAAAAGAUUCCAGAAAAAAAUUGACUGCCAUAUCGUUAUCGCAUUGUUCAACAAUUUUUACUCUAUACUGAAACUUGCUACACAGAAGAGAACUUAUAUUCAUUCAGAAUUGAUGAGGGAAAUAAAAAUGUCCUAUUCACCAUGGGAUUUUUUACAAUAAUUUUUCAAAAAUAUUCAUUACUUGGUGAUUAAAAAAGAAGUAAUCUAAUAUAUAAAAAGAAAUAGUUUUAUUUCUUUUAAAGCAUUUAACAUUCA